AUGAGACUUCUCCUCCUGACUUUCCUGGGAGCCUGCUGCCUCACCACGUUCUCUGUGGAAGGUGUGGGGACUGAAGUCCUAGAAGAGAGUUUCUGUGUGAGCUUAAGGACCCAGCCGCUGCCGGUUCAGAGAAUCAAGACCUAUACCAUCAGGGAGGGCAUAUUGAAAGCAGUUAUCUUUGUCACCAGACGAGGAGUGAAAAUCUGUGCUGAUCCACAUGCCCAGUGGGUGAAAGCAGCGAUCAGAACUGUGGAUAGGAGGAAGAACAUAACUGUAACUAGUCCCACGAGAGCCCAGCGGUCCAGCAGCUCAGCCAUGACCCUGUCUGGGUAG